UCUGAGCCGUAUGACCCCUACUUGCCGCGUGGCGGCUCCUCCUCGAACCCGGCUGGCCAGGGAAACGCAAAGACUGCUGCUAUCCAAGCGCAGAUUGACGACACCGUCGGCAUCAUGAGGGACAACAUCACAAAGGUCGCGGAGCGUGGCGAGCGACUGGACCAGCUGCAGGACAAGACAGACAACCUUGCUGUCUCUGCGCAGACUUUCCGCCGUGGCGCGAACCGCGUUCGCAAGGUAUCAUGGUCCAUUCUCGUACAGAUGAGGAUCAUCAUUGGCGUCGCAAUCGCCAUUAUCAUUAUCAUCAUCGUUGUGUCCGUUGUAAAGGCCACAAAGGGCUGA